CUCUGAGAGCUGCCAGGGUUCUGGUACUUUCACAAAACUGUCCUUGCUCUUUCUGCAUCUGUCCAGUCAAGGGUAUCUUUCCCUGAGGUCGGAGUGAUGCAGUUAGUCCUGAUGAUGAUUGCAUAGCAACACUGAGCAGCUCCGAGAGAGGAGGAGGAGGAGAAGGAGGACAGGGAGGUGGGAGAGACAGGGAGAGUGAGCACACAGCAGCUGUCGGCAUCCCUGUCUCGGGACUUCUUUGCUGAUUCACAGAGGCAGCUUAGCCCUGGCCUCCCAGCUUCUUAGACCUACUGCCUGCUUCUCAGACCUGACAGGAUCGGAAGGGAUUGAACUGAGGUCCUCAGGCUUGAUAGCAGGCGCCUUUACCCACUGAGUCAUCUCAUCAGCCUUUCCAAAGGAUCCCAAACACACACUGACGGCUAAAAUAGGUUGCUGAUGAGAGAAAUAAUGUUUUUCUGAUGUGUUUGCCUUUGGAGGUGCUUAAUGCUAGACAGUCCAUCUACUGCCCAUCCUCAUCCUCCAUGAGCCUUGGUUCUGAUGCAACCUAUGGUCAUGCAGGGAUGCCCUUACACCCUCCCACGAUGUCAUGAGUGGCAUGCUGCUGACCAGUUUCAUCAUAGCAGCAGCCUCCGAAACACCUGCCCCCAGCAGCUCACCAGACCCUGGGCCCAGAUUCCUGCUGAGAGAAAAUCAUGGACCUCCCUAGUCCUGCCGUGGACUCUUCAGGCCGCACAGGUUAGAGCUGCUGUCACCACCCCUGCACCUCCUUGGGAUGGUACUGGGGAUCCCUGCUUAAGUCCAAAGCUGUUGAAUGGGUCUGUUGGUGCUGUUGGCCCCCUGGAACCAUCAGCUAUGAAUCUGUGUUGGAAUGAAAUAAAAAAGAAGUCUCACAACCUCCGUGCUCGCCUAGAGGCCUUCUCAGACCACAGUGGAAAGCUUCAGCUCCCGCUCCAAGAGAUUAUUGACUGGCUCAGCCAAAAGGAUGAGGAGUUAUCAGCUCAGCUCCCCCUACAAGGGGAUGUGGCCCUGGUACAACAAGAGAAAGAAACACAUGCGGGCUUUAUGGAAGAGGUCAAGUCUAGGGGCCCCUAUAUCUACUCUGUGCUGGAAUCCGCUCAGGCUUUCCUGUCGCAGCAUCCCUUUGAGGAAUUUGAGGAGUCUCAUUCUGAGAGCAAAGACACCUCCCCUAGACAGCGAAUUCAGAAUCUUAGUCGCUUUGUGUGGAAGCAGGCAACAGUGGCCAGUGAACUGUGGGAAAAGCUGACAGCCCGCUGUGUAGAUCAGCACCGCCACAUUGAGCGCACUCUGGAACAGCUGUUGGAGAUCCAAGGGGCAAUGGAGGAGUUGAGCACUACACUGACCCAAGCUGAGGGAGUCCGAGCCACUUGGGAGCCCAUCGGGGAUCUCUUCAUUGAUUCCCUCCCGGAGCAUAUCCAAGCUGUCAAGCUAUUCAAAGAAGAGUUCUCUCCUGUGAAGGAUGGAGUGCAGUUAGUGAAUGAUCUGGCCCACCAACUUGCCAUUUCUGAUGUGCACUUGUCAAUGGAGAAUUCACGGGCUUUGGAACAGAUUAACAUCCGGUGGAAACAGCUCCAGGUGUCAGUUGGUGAGAGACUUAAGCAGCUCCAGGAUGCCCACCGGGACUUUGGGCCUGGAUCACAGCACUUCCUGUCCUCCUCUGUCCAGGUUCCCUGGGAAAGAGCAAUUUCACCCAAUAAAGUUCCCUACUACAUCAACCACCAGGCUCAGACCACAUGCUGGGAUCAUCCCAAGAUGACUGAGUUAUACCAAACCCUAGCUGAUCUGAACAACAUUAAGUUUUCAGCUUAUCGUACUGCCAUGAAGCUCCGCAGAGUCCAGAAGGCCCUGCGCUUGGAUCUGGUAACUUUAACUACAGCCCUGGAGAUCUUCAAUGAGCAUGAUCUGCAGGCCAGUGAGCAUGUGAUGGAUGUAGUGGAGGUCAUUCACUGCCUGACUGCCUUGUAUGAACGGCUGGAGGAGGAAAGAGGCAUCCUGGUCAAUGUGCCACUAUGUGUAGACAUGAGCCUCAACUGGCUCCUCAAUGUGUUUGAUAGUGGUCGCAGUGGAAAGAUGCGGGCAUUGUCCUUUAAGACUGGCAUCGCAUGCCUGUGUGGCACAGAAGUGAAAGAAAAACUUCAGUAUCUCUUCAGUCAAGUGGCCAACUCAGGAAGCCAAUGUGACCAACGCCAUCUCGGUGUCCUGCUCCAUGAAGCCAUUCAGGUGCCCCGUCAGCUGGGUGAAGUCGCAGCUUUUGGAGGCAGCAAUGUGGAGCCCAGUGUCCGUAGCUGCUUUCGUUUUAGCACGGGGAAGGCAGUCAUUGAAGCUUCCCAGUUCCUGGAGUGGGUCAACUUGGAGCCCCAGUCCAUGGUGUGGUUGGCUGUUCUGCAUCGGGUUACCAUCGCUGAACAAGUAAAGCAUCAAACCAAGUGCUCUAUCUGUAGGCAGUGCCCCAUCAAAGGGUUCAGGUACCGGAGUCUGAAACAGUUUAACGUGGAUAUCUGCCAGACUUGCUUCUUGACAGGCAGAGCCAGUAAAGGGAACAAGCUGCACUACCCCAUCAUGGAGUAUUACACUCCAACCACAUCCAGUGAAAACAUGAGGGACUUUGCUACAACUUUAAAGAAUAAAUUCCGCUCAAAGCAGUAUUUCAGCAAACACCCUCAGCGAGGUUAUCUGCCUGUGCAAUCAGUGCUGGAGGCUGACUGCAGUGAGACGCCAGCUUCGUCCCCGAUGUUGCCACACGCUGACACACACUCUCGGAUUGAGCAUUUUGCCAGCAGGCUUGCUGAAAUGGAAAGUCAAAAUUGUUCCUUCUUUAAUGACAGCCUGUCUCCGGAUGACAGCAUAGAUGAAGACCAGUAUCUGUUGCGGCACUCCAGCCCCAUCACAGACCGAGAGCCACCCUUUGGACAGCAGACUCCGUGCAGCAUGGCCACAGAAAGCAAAGGGGAGCUAGAGAAGAUCCUGGCCCAUUUAGAAGAUGAGAACCGGAUUCUCCAGGGAGAGCUGAGGCGCCUGAAAUGGCAGCAUGAGGAAGCAGCUGAGGUGCCCACUCUGGCUGAGGGCUCCACUGAGGCAGCACCAGACCACCGCAAUGAAGAGCUUCUGGCUGAAGCCAGGAUCCUCCGGCAGCACAAGAGCCGCCUGGAGACACGUAUGCAGAUCCUUGAAGACCACAACAAGCAAUUAGAGUCUCAGCUGCAGCGACUGAGGGAACUGCUCCUGCAGCCACCCAGUGAAUCAGAUGGCAAUGGCUCUGCAGGCUCGUCCCUAGCUUCCUCUCCACAGCAAUCAGAAGGUAGUCACCCUCGGGAGAAGGGACGGACUACUCCAGACACGGAAGCUGCAGAUGAUGUGGGGUCAAAGAGCCAGGAUGUCAGUCUGUGCUUGGAGGACAUUAUGGAGAAACUCCGCCAUGCCUUCCCCAGUGUGCGAAGCUCUGGUGUGACUACCAACACCCUGCUGGCCUCUUGAUGGAGUCAGAUCCCCAUCCUGUAGUCCACAGUCCUCUCCUGGUUCUUGUCAGUGUCUUCCCUCAGCUUUUGUCCAACUUUCCCACUCCCAACUGGCCCCAAAUUCCUCAACCAGAGAUAUGUGGGCUUGGGCAACAACAGGGAUCUGAUGGUAUGUGAGGUGAAGUGGGGAAAUCAGGUGGGAAGGAAAAGUGUGAUUCUUCUGACUCUAGAAUUGUGUCCGUCAGUCCUCAUGUUUGUACUUGUCCUUGUGUUGCCCAGCUGUUGUAGCCCAGACAAAUGAUACUUGUCCAUCCAAAUGAGGAGCAGAGAAUUGUCUUGCAGAGCUAAGCAGUGUCCACUGGCCCCCUGCCUUUCUUCAUGGAAUCAUGGAGAGGGAGAAGCCUUUUGGCCCCAGGGUAUCUGCAUUCUGAAUCCCCAGAGCUUAGUCCUAGUCUUUGUCCCAGUUGAGGGAGGCAAAUGGGUAACCCUGAGAUACUCCUUCAAAGUGCCCAUGAAGAAGUCUGGACAGUGUGUCCUAUUAUUUCAGCUCCAGGACCUAGUUCUAGCCUUCUGAAGUCUACCUACAUGUUGUUUUCCCCUCCAGCAUCUUUAAUUCCUUCUGCUACAGUCCCUGGCAGACAUUUUUUGAUGGGAAAACAAGUCAUUGUGGGCACAUGUCCACCUUACAUUUGAAAACAUUAAAGAAACACUUGUGGGUUUAUAUUUUUCUCCCGAUCCUCCUCUUUCCUAAAGGCCUCGGCAUCCCAAGAGACUCACAGAGAUGCUCUGGAAACCCAGCUGAAGUCUCUCUUUGGUCUUCCAAGUCUGUCCUCACAGAGCUGGGGGAGGAGUGACAGCUUUUUCAGCAAGGGGACCUUAUUGUCCCUCCUUGGGUGAGAAAGAAGACACCCUCUCCUGGAGAACUUUUCCUGCCUGACACUCUCCAGGUUAUAGCCCUUCUACCUUAGCCUAGAUCAGGUGAAGUGGCUUAUUGCCCCCAGCUAUUCAUAGGACAGUUACAACUGACCACCCUGAAUAGUGGUACCUUCCUAGGAGCUACUAUCCAUGAAUCUGAAAGCUGGCCACAUUCCAUCCAGACAGCAGCAAGGCCUUUCUGUACAUAAAACUAUUUCUAAGUCUGAAAGGUGACUCCAACCCUCAAAAUGAACUUACUCUUCCUGGGCAACAUACACCAUGACUCCUUUGUCUAGCAACUGUUCAAAGUAGAGAAUGGGGGUGGGAGGAGUGAGUAUGGGAACCUGGACCAAAAACAUAGCCCACUUAGACUGCUUUCUACAGAGAGGAGCUUUUUCCCCACACCCCUGCAAUCGACUUAAUUUGCCUGAGUUCAUAUACAUGCAUAUCUAUUCUACAUAUUUACUGUACAUCAGUGCUCUCACAGCCUCACGCACACAUUAAAUUCUAGUACCGCUUGAAGAAUUAAUGUUCUGCCUUGAUAUUUGUUAGUCUCAGCCUCUGACUGGAAAGAUAAAUGCAUCCUGGAUGUUCCCCUAGAUUGUCUCUCUUCAUUGAUAUUUGAGAUGAGCUGACCUUAAGACCAAAGCAACAGAAGUGUGUGGUCGCAGAGCCAUCUAACAGGAAUAGUCAUUUUGUCUCUUAUUGCAGACCUUGUUCCAUUGAGACCGGGGCCUUAGGUGAAUUUACCUGGCCAUCCCUAACCAAUGUUUCAGGUAGCAAAAUAGGGUACAUCUAAGCUGUAAACAACCCAUGCAGAAAAGAAGGAACAAAAGUUAUAUGUUAACCACAGAAUACAUCCUCUGGUCUGUAUCAGUUCCUAAGGUCUGGAUCAAGGCCUUGAAGAAAGCAGUGGGUGCUACCAAGGUCAGGAUGGAUUGAAACUAUUAGAGUGUUGUGUUAUAAACAAGCCAUGGUCAGCAGAUGAAACAGCUGGGCACCUAAACUGAUCUAUUCCAGGGAGGUAAGGCAACAGCUUGAGUCUAGAAGUCAAGACUGCCUCCUCCCCAACCUUAUCACAACAUAUGACUCAGUAUUUGGUGAGGUCUCUGGGCAGGAGAACUGGCUAUCUUCAUGCAUGGUGAGCAUUUUGAUAGACAGGUAUCAAACAUGGAACUAGGUCAUCAAUCAGAGUGAGGCAUUUGUGUAGGGACCUAGAUUAUAGACAGGAUUCAGAUAAAAGAAAUUUAUUGCAGGACAGGAAACUCAGAAACUUUUAAAUAUGUGCCUGCCUAUGCCUUCGGAGUGCAAAAACUGUGGAAUAACCUUAUAUCAGGAGAAUCCUUUCUUUCACCUCCACCCUACCCAACAGCUCUUAGGCUGUUGAGGGUCUGUGAUAACUGCAUUGGGCCAAGCAUGGGGGGGAAAGAUGUAGAUCUUGUUAUGUAGGAUUUGUGUUGGAGGUAGUCCAAAGCAGCAGGUUAAGACUGAAUUCUCACUAAGGGAGUCACUGGCAAUUUGUGAUCUUGUGUUUACCUGUAAUGCCUGAGGUGAGUAUACUGCUUAAGGGCACAGUGGCAGUCAUGGCUACAUGUGUGGGCAGUCUACCUGAAGUGAGGAAAAUGGCUCCUUGGGCACUGUGAGUCCACACUGGGGUUGAAUGUAGGAAAAUAUGUUCUAUGUUGUUGGAUAUGUUAUGUAUUAUGUCUCCUACAGGAGUGAUGUGUAAUGUAUGACUCUGUACUGGAAGGUGGAGAAGGAGUUUCUGGGUUGGUAGUCUAAGGAAAACCUGACUUGUGGGAUUAGCAUCAGCCAUGAGGAAUGUGUUUGCUGGAGUUGUCAAAUAGUGCAGGCAAUUUAUUCUUGACAGAAUUCGAUGGAGGAAAGUCAGCCAUUAGGAGGUACCUGUGCUUCCAGCUAGAACAGAGUAGAUUCACAGUGACUGGAAUUGUUUGGGAAGGCUGACUGGCUAGAGGACAUGAGGCUCUGAUACAGCUCCCUAGAGUUUUUCAUCCAGGAGUGCAUGUACCCUCCCCUUUAAAAUGCAAAAGCUGGAAUCAAGGCUCAAAUGUUUCUUUCAAGGCCCAAAGUCAGGCAGUCCUUCCCUAUGGAGAAACCUGUUUAAGUUUCAGGUGUUUCAGGAACUGGCCUGACAGGCCACCAUAAGAAGAAACCAAGGGACAAGGCAGAAUCCAAGCCUGCUAGAUCUUUUCGCACCAGAUUAAUUUUAAGGAAUACCCUUGCUUCCUGGGAUAUGUGUUUAAAAGGGUUUAGAGUUUCCGUGCCCAGCUUUAGCUUGGAGUGUUCUUUGAACUCGCAGUUUCAAUGGCAGAGUUAUGGCCUUUGGGACCGCUUCUGGUCAGUUAUUCAUGCAACUUCGCUUGGUGUAGUUGAUAGAUAACCAACAUAGUAGUUGCCUUAACAUGAACAGUCCUGGGAAAGAACGUGGGGGCAUCGCCCUAGGGCUAUUAAAACAGCCCCCCGGCUGGGCAGCCCUAUCUUUGGGCUUCCCUGCCAAAUCCUGGCACAUGACACAAUGAUUCCUUACUGUUUUACCACCAAUGACUCUGGGAGAGGGAAAGACUUAAGGCCAGGUCUCCUUUCCCAGUGUCCUUUUCCCACAGCUGCCAUACCAGGAAAGAGACCUGCUGAAUGUCCUUGCUGUCCCCAUGGCAGUAUUAAGGGCAGACUGAAGCCUGCUAUGCUGCUUGCUGCCCACAAGAACUGCUCACAGGAUGGGAAUUAGAGAAGGGAUUUGGGGGGAGGUUUCCAGGGUGGCAUGCAAACGUGCAGAAGUUGGGGACGAAGGGUUGGGACUGGGAGCAAAUGGGUUAACUUCAAUUGCCACUCACUGUGGUGCUUUUCCCAUUUUCCUUGAAUUCUGCUUUGAAAAGAAUAAAUUUGUAUUUGUUUACUUUGGUUCCUCUGGUUAUUCUGAUUAUGCUA